CCUCCCCAGUCAGUUGGCUGAAAACAGUCAGCAGCAAACAUGCUGUGCUGCUUUCCCAGGCCUCCUGGUCGCAGCCUCAGGACCCCACGCAGGGAAACCACUCGGCAACAAGUGAGAGGAUGCUUCACUCGGCCCAGAAGCUUCAGGACCCUCGCCAGGAACCGUCCAACAGCCAUGGGCAGCACAGGGCAGGUCUCACCAGCCCCAGCCCCUAGAUGCCCAGAGACAAGAGAGAGCCCAGGAAAAGUGUCCCUAGGUUCAGCCACCAGACACUUGGAGCCACUGAUACCUGGACAGAUUGGAAAUCAGUCAACCGAGAGCUUGGCAGGGGUCUGCACAGUAAGCACGGUGCAGGCAGGGAUUCCUCACACUCCAGUGGAGACCCUGGGGCAGGACUUCCAGGAUAACAAGACCAGGUGCACCUUUUCUGUCUUUGACUCCUCAGUGGAGCUGAAAUCCCAGGUGCAUCCCCAGGAUGAGCUACUCCAGGACCACCUAGUGCCUCCUGAGUCCUCUGAUGAAGCGCCCCAGGUGCCAGCUCCAGCCCACGAUGAUGUCCCACCUGUAGAGCUCAUGCCAACUGCAACUGCAGCUCCCUCACCAGCUCUGACCCCACAGCAGGAGCCAGGACCUGAAACCCCUUCUCCACCAGCUGCAGAGCUGCAACUCCUGGUGGCUCUACAGCAAGUGCUAUCUCUUGAGCUCUACUUGAGGCCAACUCUUGACACAUACCAGCAAUUCCCCUCCCUUACAGAUUUAGUUAUUAUUGUAUUUAUUGUUACUCUUAUUUUCCAGAGACAGGUCAAUGAUAGAAUUAUUUAAAAUAAAAUUUAAGCUUUUAGUCUUGUUUAAAAUGAUCAACUUGCUGCAUUUUCAGUGCAUUCUCAUUCAUUUGCAAUGUUGUGCAACCUUCACCACUGUCCAGUUCCAAGACAUUUUCAAUACGCAAAGGUAUUUC